AUGUGCAGCAGCAGUUUCAAGUGUAAAAAAUUCAUAUACAAACCAUACAUAGAACGUAUUAAAUUUUUAGUAAGAUUGCCAGAUACUAAAAAGUUAUGCGAGCUCGCAUUAAUUGGUACUCAUUCAUCGCUGUCCUACAGUGUUAGUGAAAACAAAUAUCAAACCCAAGAUUUGAAUCUUGCCCAGCAAUUAAAAUAUGGAAUUCGAGUUUUUGAUAUUAGUGUGCGCUUACGGUCAAAUAUAAUUGAAAGCUAUAGCUAUUAUGCUGAGACUAAUGUUAGAUUUGAUGGUUUUCUACUGGAAGCUGAAGAAUUUCUUGAUGACAAUCCAGGUGAAUUUAUAAUUAUAUUAAUACGUCAAGUUUAUCCGCCCGAGUUCGAUGUAACCAGAAGUCAUUGUGAUAUUAUUAAUUUUUACAUCCGCCAUGUUAUAGGCGGGCGACGUAUUGUCACAAAAUGGCGGCUUGAGGACUCUAUCGGACAGCACCGUGGAAAAAUAUUGUUAUCAAGUUUUGAUGAUUCAUUUAGUGAAUGUGCUUUUGAUAUUCGUAAAAACUGUAAACUUCAAAGUAAUGUUACAUCGAAAAUUAAGCGUCAUAAUUAUAGUGUUCAAGAUAAAUGGCAUGAUAUCUUGACCUUAAUUAAAGAUAGUCAUGUUGAAAACUACAAAUGUUUUCUUAAUGAAAUACACUUUAAUGAUGGUUCAUUCAACCAUUUUAGUAUUGCCAAAGAAGGUGGCGAUUUUAAUAGCAGUUUGUGCGUUAGUCAUCCAAUAAAUGAAAUGAUGGAAUAUUAUUUCGAAAAUCCACACCGUGCUCUUAUUAUUGUUGUAGCUGACUUUGUAACACAAGAAUUGAUGGAUAAAAUUAACGACAGCAAUUUUCCUGAUUCGUCAUGGCGUAUUGGAUGGGAAUGA